UUCUCUUUCUGCGGGAUACACUGUAACCUGUUAGGUGACUGGCAGCGAUCCAACAAACUUUCACAAUCCACUGUAAGGAAGGACAUUUGAUUAUACAAAUGCUCUUUUACAAACUGCGUUCGUAACUUUGAUUAAAGUUGGAGUGAGUUUAGCCAUGGCAGACGCCGACGGCCGGGAUCGCGCGGAGGAACAGGGCGCCGCGGGGGGCGAAGAUGUCAUCGAUGACCCCAUCAUGGAGCAGGGGGCUUUGAUUCUGAGAGGGUACGUGAUGCACUGCAUCAGCGCCUAUGACCCGGCCAUGCAGGUCUCCUCUGAGGACCUGGGUGGGGCCCCCAAUGAGCAGCUGGACCCUCAGAUGAAGGAGUUGGUGGAGAUGAUGCGGGAAAAAUCCGACGUCCUGGACCAGAACGCUGAGCUUGAGAACCUGAUCAGCCAGGUCCAGGGGAACUGUGUCCAGGGCGUCUUCAUGAAGGUGGCUAAGAGCAUCUUCAAUGACGGCAUCACCUGGGGCCGUGUGGCGUCCCUCUUCUACCUCGCCUACAAAUUCAUCUACAAGGCGCUGACCAUGAACCACAUGGAGAACAUCCGGAUCAUCAUCAGCUGGGUGCUGCAGUUCAUCAGGGAGCAGCUGCACCCCUGGAUCGCUCAGCAGGGGGGCUGGGAGGGCGUGGUCAGGGGUAUCUCCCGCUGGCGGACGGUGACGGCGCUGGCCUCCGUGGUGCUGGUGGUGGCCUUCGUCUACUACAGGAAGUCGCGCUAACGAGCCCCGGAGGCACUUCCUGUGGAGGGAAGCUCAGUCAUCCUCCGUCCACUACUCCCUCUGCCGAGGCCCAGAGCCGUCUCCCGCCGUAGCACUCCUUCCCGUCGCGUCUCAGGGGUCCAAGGACUAAAACAUGCAAUAGAUAAAUCAGGAAGGUGUGAAGCGUGCUGUUGUGGAGCAGGUGGAUGGAAAUCGGAGCUGGAUGAUGAGGAAUGUGCUUUUUUUUUUAUUCUGCUUUACUGGCUGGGGGGGAAACUUUACCAACCAAGUUUGUUUUUAUCGUUAUUUUGUUCAUGUUGUGGAUUCCCGCUUGUCAGCGGAAAAUUAUCUCUGCUCAACAGGUGACCUUAUGUUUAUUUUUUUUAAGGAUUUAAGGUUGGGGUUUUUAAUUGCAGGGGAUUUGCCCUCAUCGUAAAAAAGCCCUUUGAGACUGUAAUGGUUAUCUGAGGGCAAAAGGGAAAUAAAAAAUGAAAUUGCAAAUACGAAUUUACACUUUCAAUAAUUGUUCUGUAGGAUGGAUGACCAAGUGUUCUAUGAAUCAAUAUUUUGUAUGGGAAGAUGUGCCAUCUAUGAAUAUAUCUUUAUAAUCCAAA